AUGUUCAACAACCCGAUGUGCUUGCUCAGGAGUCCCGUGCUAAUGUCUAAAGCCAAACCUGUGGUCUGGAAUGCCUUCCUGCACUCUUCCGUAGGUAGGUUCUUAUGUAUUGGAAAACUUACUUUUAUUUUUCAGCUAUGUGAUCCCUCCGUUGUGUACAAAUUGAAAAAUAUCGAGUGCAGUACUGUGACCGGUUUCUCGGCGAACGCUUCAUGCUAUUUGAAGGCCAUUAACUGGAACAAAGCUGUGGCCCAAAUGGACGUGGAUCUCGUAAAGCCGUUGUACAAUAUAUCAGUUCAACUCCAGGUCUUUAAAAGAGACUACAGCAAUAAAUUCCAGCCAUUUCUUAUAAAUGUGGUCUUAAAUGUUUGUGAUUUAUUAUCAAAGCGAAAUUUUAUGCCAUACGGCCUAAUUAUUCUUAAAGUUGCCAAGCAAUUUUCAAACUUUAAUCAUAGCUGUCCUUUCACCGGUCAUUUACUUGCACGCGACGCAUAUCUUCCCGAAGCAUAUUCCCCAAUAGUUUUCCCAUUGGGCCUUUAUAAAAUGAACAUCACUAUAAUGGAAAACUACAUAAGACCGCCAAACGCCCACGUCGGAGGUAUUGUGUGGUAUGUCCAGGCCAUGCAUCCAAUCCAGAAGAAAAGAAAUCCGAAGUUCAGCACAUUCCGACAUUGA